AAAUAAAAAUGAAAAAUCUGCAUGAAGAAAAUGAAAAACUUCGCAAGGCUAUAAAAGAUAAAAAAUAACAAAUAGAUGAAACAAAUACGAUGAUACUAAAGUAUCAAAAAAGCAUUGAAGAAUAUGAUCAAGAGAAAUAAUCAAUUAUGCAGGAUAUAAAUGAGUUACUCAAUUAAAGAGAUAAGAAUUUUGAUAAGAAAAUUAAGGGAAUUAUAGAGAGCCUUCCUUGCUAAAUAGAACAGAAAAGUUUAUAAUCUUUGACAAAAUCCAUUAUAAAUAAAGGACUUAAUGUUUUGAAUAAUCUGAGUUUAGUCUAUAGGAAUGCGUACAAAGAGGAAUAUAGUAAGUCCAAAGAUGCAAAACCCUAACCCUUAUUUGAAUCAUAUUUUAUAAUAAUGCAUAGGCCUUAGGAAUUAUAGGAUCUGUAGAAAGAAGAGAUAAUAUUGAAGCCGAAGUUUUUAUAUCAAUAAUGCCAUUAAGGGUGGACAUCAAAGGAAAGGGAAAGCUGGGUUGAUCACAAAAAAACGAUAAUUAAUCAUUUCGAAAAUAAUUAUAUUAUUGCAGAAAGACUAAAUGAUAUUUCAAAAAUAUAGAAUUUAAUUUCAAUGUAUUAAAUGUAUAAUCAUUAGGUGCCUAAAUCAAGAAGAUGUGUUAUAAGAAAAUUCUUUUCUUUUUAAUCUCUAAGGUUCGUCAUUUGAUGAAUAUGCGCCAAAAAAUAUAGAGUUGUUAAAAAGUGUUAACCCAAACAAAUAAUUAUUCGUUUAUGUUUAGGGUGUGGAUGAUUACAUUACAAUUUUUUCAGAUGAAGGGUUUUCUUAUUGGCCAUGCAAAAAGUAUUAUUGUUUUUUGACAUAUUUUCCAAUCGCAGAAAUAUUUGAUUAGCUUUUGAAAUUCGUAUCAAGUAUUUAAUUUUUAAAUCAUAUUUAGACUUAAUUUAAGCAUCUAGAUUGGAGGCAAUUAAAACAAAAUAAGAAUAUAUAGAUUAAAGAAUGUAAAUGACAUUAGAAGAGAAAGCAUAUUAUAACUAAAAAAAAUUUUAGGACAUAGAUGCAGUGAAUAUUCAUUAUGUAUUUAAAUUGUUUUAGUUUUAGAGAGUAGAAAGUAUUAUGGAAGAGUGCAUCAAAUUAUUAAUGGAUUAAUAUCUGGAUUUUGAUAAACCAAGAAUAAAUGUGGACUUAUAAAGUAUGUUACCUAAAACUUUCAAUAUUACACAAAAAACACUAAUUUAUUCCUUACCUAUUUAGUAAAGGGAUAUAAGUAUACCAGAAAACCUUAGACUAACAAGAAAUGAAAUAAUAAAAAAUAAUAACAUUAAAUAUGCUCAUGUUGUGCAGUAGAUCUUCAACUUUGAUACCUUUAUUAAAAUCUUUUAGGAGAUCUUGAAAGAAGGAAAAAUCAUAUUCUAUUGCCAAAAUCUCUAUAUUUUAACCUCGGUUUGUUACUUCUUUCAUUAAAUAAUUUAUCCCUUUAUAUGGUUUGAUCCAGCAAUAUACUAUUGCAGUCUAAACAAAUUAAGCAUAUUGAUCGAAAACGAAGAUAAAAAUGAAAAUACUAAGCUUAUAAUAGGAAUUAAUACAGCUUUUUAUAAUAACAAAGCAAACUAAAAAAGAAUUGAAUCUAAAAAAUUAAUGGUUGUAGAUUUAAAAAUCAAAUAGGAAAAACAGGGCUUCAAAGUUGAGCCUAUCAUAUACUAAGAUAAACCUAGCUACUAUCGGCUUUCCAUAUAGUCAAGGCGAUAUUAUUAAAUCAAAUAGCUUCUGAAAGAUGAAAAUGCUCCAAUUUCAAUUUUCUAAAAAAAUAUCACUAAAAUUGAAGCAGAUAAAUGCAGAGAAUUCUUAGAAUGUAUGAUGAAAUUGAUUUAGGAAUGGUUGAUUGACAGAAUUUUGCCACAGCCAAAUAACUAAUUUGCGUAGAAUGGGUGGAGCAGGGCAUUACUAAAAAAUAUUGUUAUGGAUCGUAUUAAGGAAGAUGGAGAUAAAAACUUUAUUACGUAUUAUAUUUUCGAAUCCAAUUAUUUUUAAUUGUAUUUGGAAUCAAAAUACAAUUACAAGAAUCCUAAUUGA